AUGGCGUUCAACGGCAACAUUCAAGAAACCCUGGAUCGGGCCGUGGACCUUUGGAAUUCGAUUCCGCAGGCCGGCCAGUGGGCUCUUACUGGUGUUGGGGCCCUUUACGUUGUCUCGAAAGCACUGUCAUUCCUCCAGCUUUUGCUGAAUUGCUUCAUUCUCAGUGGCACCAAUCUCCGCAAGUACGGCAAGAAAGGCACCUGGGCUGUGAUCACCGGGGCAUCCGAUGGUCUCGGCAAGGAGUUUGCGCAACAGCUGGCUGCGAAGGGAUUCAACCUUGUCCUCGUCUCCCGCACGCAGUCCAAGCUCGACACUCUCGCCCGCGAACUAGAAUUAAGAUGGAGUGGUUUCAAAUCCAAGACACUGUCCAUGGACUUCUCCCAAGACAACGACGCCGAUUACGAGCGCCUUGCGGAGCUAGUCUCGGAUCUUGACGUCGGUAUCCUGAUCAACAACGUCGGCCAGAGCCACAGCAUCCCCGUUUCAUUCCUCGACACCAGCCGUGACGAGCUCCAGAACAUCGUGACCAUUAACUGCCUCGGCACCCUCAAGACUACCAAGGUGGUCGCACCUAUCCUGGCCAAGCGCAAGAAGGGCUUGAUCCUGACCGUUGGUUCGUUCGCUGGCGUCAUGCCCACUCCGUAUCUCGCCACCUACAGUGGUAGCAAGGCCUUCCUUCAGCACUGGAGCAGCUCGCUGGCCUCGGAACUUAAGCCUCAGGGUGUCGAUGUGCAGCUUGUCGUCAGCUACUUGGUCACCACAGCCAUGAGCAAGAUCCGCCGCACCAGCCUGUUGAUCCCCAACCCGAAGCAGUUUGUCCGCUCGGCUCUGAGCAAGAUUGGCCUGUCUGGUACCGAGCAGUUUCCCAACACGUACACGCCGUGGUGGUCCCAUGCCGCUUUCAAGUGGGUAAUUGGAACCACCGUGGGCACUACCAGUGCGAUCACCAUCUGGUUCAACCGGAGGAUGCAUGUUGAUAUUCGCACUCGGGCAUUGCGGAAAGCUGCGAGAGAUGCCAAGAAGCAGCAGUGA